AUGACGAGUAAAUAUUGUGUCGAUUUAUAUGCAAAUUGUCGAGAUCAUUCUCGGCAUAUCAGAGAGCUUAUUUACUUACUUUUCAAUUGGGUGACAAACGAAUUUACAGCUGACAUUCGUCGAAGUUUCAAUGCUGUUCAAUGCAUCAAAGUCUUUCCGAUGCCGGAAUCAAUCGCAUGGAAUUUAAUUGAAACUUCCUGUAAGCUUGCACACAAAGUAAUCCGAUGUGAAUCGAAGACAGACAAGAAUCGAGUUGAAAACCCAAGUUCAAGAGCGAAGCUUAACCUUGAACGACUUGUCAUGUCAUGGUGUAUGCAGGUGCUGAGUUCACUCACUGAACAAGACAAAAAAAAAACUGAUAAGAUGGAACAAUAA